CCUUCAUGUCAACAGCUGCCCCUCCUUGCUGCAUCCUUGAUACAUCCUCUUCCCCUGCUUACACCCUUAUUCUAGCAGCUGUGUGUCAUCUACAUUAUUCAUGGCUUCCACCAUCGAACUUGCAUCCUCCUUCAUCGAGGGUGCCCCGCCCGGCGAGCUCGCAGAUGUCGUUGCAGACGUGAAAGCCCUCACCUCCGACGGCUCCGACAUCAUCCCCUCCCUCGCGCCGGCCUUUGAGCGCUACAACGAGACACAGCUUACGACUGUCAAGCUUCCCGGCGCCAGCCAGGAGGUCCUGAUCAGCGAAUACAACAAACUCGAGGGAAACCGGUACUUUGACGUGGAGAGCCAGACAUCAUUCGAGGUGGACCAUAUCACACAGGAAGCAUCCGCGGCACAGUCUUACGUUCUAGAGUCGCAGAACGCGGACUUGAUUAAAUCGCUGCUUAAAUCCCUCUCCGCACACGCCACCGAACACUACCGCUCGUGCUCGUACGGCGUAUACCCCAUCGAGGACGACAGUGCCGUGGCGAUUGUUCUGGUUGCGAACCGCUAUUCGCCGAAUAACUUCUGGAACGGCCGCUUCCGCGCCAUCUACACUCUCCCCGUGGGCUCGUCAACCACUAUCUCCGGCCAGAUCAAGGUCGAUGUGCACUACUACGAAGACGGAAAUGUGGCGCUCAACACCACCAAGCCGGUGAGUUUGUCGGUGCCGUCGGUGGACGCGGGGGCGAUCAUCUCGAAGAUUGCGGCUGCGGAGCGGGAUUACCAGGAGGAGUUGAACCGGACGUUUGUGAAUACGGCGGAGGGAGCGUUCAAGGGGCUGCGGAGACAGUUGCCGAUUACGAGGCAGAAGGUUGAGUGGGAGAAGGUGGGAGGGUACCGGUUGGGACAGGAUAUUUCGGGUGGAAAGGGUCGGUAAAUAUUAGCGUAGGUGCAGG